GGCAUUCCAUUAUGAUGUAUCAGACUUCUUUACUAUAUUCUAUUUGUCUACAAUGGUGACACUUUAUCAGGCAGCAAUGCAGGUGUUGAUAUCUGCGAGGAUUUUAGGAAUUUGGCCCACAGCCCACUGAAUGGUGAAUGCUAGUACAAUUACAACCCUAAAAUGGUAAGAGUAGGAAGAAGCUAACCCAGGGGCCGAGGGUGGUAAGGGAUCCGUCUUGGCGCCACACUUUCAAAACUCAAAAAAGUGCGCACCCACUGUUUUCCUGAAAACACCUUCACUUUUUAUAACGUAUGUACGUUUUCUCUCUUCAAAACCAGUUGCUCCUUCACCAAACUUUCUCUGUUUUGCUGGGUUUGUGAUGGCGCGUGGUAGAAAGAAGCGGGAUUUGCAGGAAGGAUGUGGUCCUAAGGGGGAAGGAGUAGUUGGAGAAGCAGUCGAGCCUGUGACGAAAAGGGACGCUGGGGCUUCGGUGGAGAAGGCCGAGAAAGGCGAUGCUUCUGUUAAUGGAAUUGGGGUUUCUAUGGGAAGUGGGCCGAGGACUCGUGGGGUGAAGAGGCUGAACUAUGCUGAAUUCAUGGGCGAAGAUGAUGGUGAGGUUUUGGUGAAGAAGCGUGGGAGGAAGAAAAGCAAGCUAGCUGCUGGUGAAAAUUACGCUGUUCAGAAGAAUGAGAAGAUUGAGGAUAACAAUGGGUUGGCGUCAGAACAAGAAAUUUUAGGCUACGCAGAUAAGCAGAGGAUACUGGAUAGGCCAAUAAAGAAGCGUGGGAGGAAGAGAAAGAACUUAUCGGCCGAGAAAGGCCAUGGAGAAAGUUGCAGUGCUCAGCAGGAUAAGAGAGUUGAGGAAAGUAAUGGGUUCGAUCCAGGGCAAGGCAUUGCUGGCGAUGCAAAUAAGGGGAAGAUGCUGGGAAGGCCAAAGAAGAAGCGUGGUAGAGUUGGAGUUGCAAACAAGGUUACGAAAGAGGCGGUUUUGGAAAACAAAAAGAAGAACAAUGGGACAGAGAGGAAGGAUUCUUAUGUAAGGAACAGUAGGACAGGUUAUUCAUUGAGGGCUACAGAAGUUCCGCACCAAGAUAUUGCUAAAAUAAUUAAAUAUGAGAAAUGGAUCGAAGAGGAGUCGUUAAUGUGUCAUCAAUGUCAGAGGAAUGAUAAAGGCGAGGUUGUUCGGUGCAAGAGUUGUAAGAGAAAACGAUAUUGUGUACCUUGCCUGAAAAGAUGGUAUCCAAAUAUGGAGAAGGAUGUUGUUGCAGAGGCUUGUCCAGUGUGUCGUGGAAAUUGCAAUUGCAAAGCAUGCUUACGAUUGGAUGUGCCUGUUAAGAAUUUGAAGAACCUAGAAUUUACUGUCAGUGAGGACGAGCAGUUUGAGCACUAUAAAUAUGUGCUACAAACAAUUCUUCCAAUUUUGAAGCAACUUAAUGAAGAACAAAUGACUGAAAAGGAAAUGGAGGCCAAAAGACAAGGGUUAUUGCAUCCGCUUUUAGAGAUAAAGCAAGUAGAUUGCCCUAUUGACGAACGUAUGUAUUGUGACAACUGCAAGACUUCCAUAUAUGAUUUUCACAGAAGUUGUCCUAGAUGUUCCUAUGAUCUUUGCCUUAUCUGUUGCCGGGAGAUUCGUGAUGAAAACAUCCGGGGAGUUGAUGAAGAAGUGAUUAUGAAGUAUAUUGACCGUGGCCUUGACUAUUUGCAUGGUGGAGAGGGUAAGGAAGUGAAAUUACCUGCUGAGACGUGCCCUGUGGAUCAUAUGAAGUCAAAAUCUGGGUGGAAAUCGAAAGAAGAUGGUAGCAUUCCUUGCCCCUCAAAAGACAUGGGUGGUUGUGGUCAGGGAAUUCUAGAAUUGCGAUGUGUUUUUUCAGAAAAUUUCGUUGCAGACUUGGUAAAAAAAGCAGAAGAAAUAGCCAAAAGUUGCAAACUUAUGGAUGUGGCUGCAACAUCUUUACAACGGUGUUUGUGCUUCAACUCUGUGGGAGAAGUCGACUUCAGUAAUGAUAGGCUACGAAAAGCGGCGUCUCGAGAAGAUUCUGAUGACAACUAUUUGUAUUGCCUGAGGGCGCAAGAUAUACACCACAGGGAUUUGAAGCAUUUCCAGUGGCAUUGGAGCAGAGCUGAGCCCAUAAUUGUCAGUAAUGUGCUUGAAUCUGCAUCUGGUUUAAGUUGGGAACCAGAGGUCAUGUGGCGUGCAGUCCGUCAGUUGAAACAUGCCAAACAUGAUAGGGAGUUGGAAGUGAAGGCUAUUGAUUGCUUGGAUUGGUGUGAGUGCAAUAUCAAUAUCCACCAGUUCUUUACAUGGUAUAUGCAUGGUCGUGUUGAUCAGCGCUUGUGGCCCUUGAUACUAAAACUGAAAGAUUGGCCUCCUUCUAAUUUGUUUGAGGAACGCUUGCCUCGACAUGGUGCUGAGUUUAUCUGUUGCUUGCCCUUUAAGGAAUAUACACAUCCACGCAAGGGUCUUUUAAAUAUUGCAGUCAACUUGCCUGAGAAAUCUCUGAAGCCAGAUAUGGGCCCCAAGACUUAUAUUGCUUAUGGAAUUCCUCAGGAGCUUGGCCGUGGGGACUCUGUCACUAAGCUUCACUGUGACAUGUCUGAUGCAGUAAAUGUUUUGACACAUACUGCCAAGGUGCCCCUUGAAGCUAAGACACUCGAGAGUAUAGAGAAGUUGAAAAGGAAGCACUUUGAGCAAGACCAAAAAGAAAUCUUUGGGGAUUUUCUGCCUGUGGAUGAAAAGGUCAAGAUUAACAUUUCUGGCAGUGCGUCUUGUACACUUACUGCUAAUGAUAAAGAAUUUAGCGGUGAACCUGGGGAUCAGAGCACCUAUGUAACCAUUACAGAACUGGCUAAUCAUGCUGUUCAAAUUGCUGGAGACUCAAGAAUGGACGGGGCAGACUUUUCAAGGGGAUCAGUGCUGGAAAAGACUGAAGUGGCAGAAGUUGAUGAAGCUAACAAUGGUGGGAGUUUUCUUACAAGUUCUGGAAAUAAUUUGGAUGGGUUAGAAGCUUCUCAGAGUGGUGCCCUUUGGGACAUCUUCCGAAGACAAGACAGUCCUAAGUUGCAGGAGUAUCUUAAGAAGCAUUUCCGGGAAUUCAGGCACAUCCAUUGUUGUCCAUUGCCGCAGGUUGUUCACCCUAUACACGACCAGACCUUUUAUCUGACUGUGGAGCACAAGAGAAAGCUCAAGGAUGAGUAUGGAAUUGAACCAUGGACAUUUGUCCAAAAUCUUGGGGAUGCUGUCUUCAUUCCUGCUGGCUGUCCUCAUCAAGUCAGAAACCUAGAGAUGAUGAUUGUGAGGACGCAGAGCUGGAGGGCCAGGAGUCUAUCUAGUGCAAGGACAUUAUGAGUGUUGGGAUGUGCUGGGGGAGGAUAUUAUGAAGGUUUUCCAGGAUCUAUACCCUUUCGGUAAAUUUGAAAAAAGUCUUAAUGCACCCUUCAUUGCUCUAAUCUCUAAAAAAGUUAGGGCAAUGGAGGUGAAAGACUUUAGACCGAUCAGCCUCAUUAAUGGGAUAUACAAGAUUAUUGCAAAGGUGUUGGCCAAUCGCAUGAGCAAGGUUUUGAGUGGUAUUAUAACAAAACCCCAAAACGCGUUUGUAAAGGGGAGACAAAUUCUGGAUUCCAUGUUGAUUACUAAUGAAUGUUUGGAUUGUAAACUCAAGGAGGGUAAACCAGGUCUCUUUUGUAAGUUGGACAUGGCUAAGGCCUAUGACCAUGUAAAUUGGGAUUUUUUGUGCUAUUUAUUUGCAAGAUGUGGUUUUGGGGAGAGAUGGUUAUCUUGGAUUCGGCAUUGUAUAACUACGGUCUGCUAUUUCGGUUUUGGUGAAUGGAACAUUGGAGAGAUUCUUUACCAGCUUCAGGGGAUUAAGACAAGGGGAUCCUCUAUCCCCUUUAUUGUUUUUAAUUGUUAUGGAUGCUUUGAGUCACAUGUUCAGUGCAGCUGUUAGUAGAGGUUUUAUUGCUGGUUUCUCGGUGGGAGGGAUUACUAUAUCUCACUUUUUAUUUGCUGAUGACACACUGCUGUUUUGUGAGCCGGACAGUGUUCAUAUGCAGUAUUUGAGAGCUGUUUUGCUUUGUAUUGAAGUGGUUUCAGGUCUGAAGGUAAACCUUUCGAAGUCUGAAAUGGUCUCUGUGGGUAGUGUGAACAAUAUUCAAGGCUUGGCAUCUAUUUUGGGCUGUCAGAUUUCUUCACUGCCUUUGCAAUACCUUGGUCUUCCAUUGGCAGCGUUCAAGACCAAAUCUAUAUGGGAUGGAGUGGUAGAAAAAAUUGAAAGAAGAUUGGCUGGAUGGAAACGGUUAUAUUUGUCAAAGGGUGGUAAAUGGACUCUCAUUAAGAGUACACUAUCUGACCUCCCCACGUAUUUUCUUUCCUUAUUUCCGAUACCUGCAAGUGUGGCUUCUCAUAUUGAGAAAACUUUUUGUAAUUUUCUUUGAGGAGGAAUGGGGGAUGAAGCUAGAAUCCAUCUUGUGGGUUGGGAUAAAGUUUGUUCUCCAAUUCGAUGGGGAGGAUUGGGGGUGCAUAAUGUAAGGGUUUUCAACAAAGCAUUAUUAGGGAAAUGGUUGUGGAGGUAUCAUAGUGAAGGAGAGGCCUUGUGGAGAGAAGUGAUAGAGACUAAGUAUGGGAGUCUUCGGGGGGGUUGGUGCUUUAACGAAGUCAGGGGUGCACAUGGAGUGGGAUUGUGGAAAAACAUAAGAUCUGGUUGGGAUAGAUUUUCUCAAAUUUUCAGUUACAAUUGGCAGCGGCAACAAUGUUUUAUUUUGGCAUGAUGUUUGGUGUAGGGACAUGGCUCUCAAGCAGGUGUUUCCUAUGCUUUACCAAAUUGCAUGUGAUAAAGAGGCUAUUGUGGCUGAUUUAUUGAUACGCUCUAAUGGUGUUGUUCUUUGGAAUGCGAGAUUUUCAAGAGUGGCUCAAGAUUGGGAGCUGGACAUGUUUUUUGGUUUUUUUGACUUUUUAUAUGCUAUAUCAUUUGGAAAUGAGAUGAGGGAUAGGCUGUCGUGGAAUCCAAGUGGAAAUAAAAAAUUCUCGGUGCGGUGCUUUUAUUCGGCUCUUUUGGGUUUAUAUAAUGGUCAUAGCUAUCCUUGGAAGGCUAUUUGGAAGUGCAAGGUACCUUCCAAAAUUGCAUUCUUUGUUUGGACAUCAUCUAUUGGGCGGAUUCUUACCUCGGAUAACUUGAGAAAACGUGAGUUCAUUAUUUCAGAUUGGUGUUAUAUGUGUAAGUGUGAUGGGGAAUCAGUUGAUCAUCUCUUAUUACACUGUGAAGUGGCCUAGUGUUUAUGGUAUGAAGUUUUUAAUAGGAUAGGGGUGGCAUGGGUCAUGCCUAGAAGUGUUCGGGAGCUUAUGUGCUGUUGGAAAGGUAUCCGGGGAAAUGCACAGAUCAUUGCCGUGUGAAGAAUGAUACCUCACUGCAUCAUGUGGUGUGUGUGAUUGGAGAGAAACAAGAGGUGCUUUGAAGAUAUGGAGCACUCUAUGGCUGAACUGAAACGUUUUUUCUACAGUACACUACUUUCCUGGGCUUCGGCCAUUAUUUGUAACACAGAUGAUCUCCAUACUUUGUUUGUAACUCUUACUAGUACUUAGUUGUAACUUGGCAUGUUCUUUGUAUAUUUCUAGUGUACUCAGGCUAUACCUCUUUUAUUAAUAAAACUUACUUUUACCUAUCAAAAAAAAAAAAUUGCAUAAAAGUCACACGUAGGUUUAGUUUAUGUUUUUACCUUACGUUUUCAGUUUCAUGUUUCAAAAACAGUUAUGUUUAGUUUAGUUGAUGUUUUCAACAAAUGAGGUAUUUCAGGAUAUGAGUCUCUUUUUCGGGCAUUAUGCUAUGUAUGUUAGUAACAUUUCUAUCCUAUGGGAAUGGGGUGUUACAUUUCUAGUGACGAAGGCCAUGGUGGCUGAUUUAUUGGUGUUUUCCAAUGGUUCUGUGCAUUGGAAUAUUAGUUUUUCGAAAGCGGCUCAUGAUUGGGAAUUGGAAAUGUUUGCUGACUUUUUUGACUCAUUGUAUGCUAUGUCGUUUGGUGAUGUGUUGGGGGGUAGGACGAUAUAGACUCUUGGUGGAAAUAAAAAGUUCUCGGUGCGGUACUUCUAUAAGGCCCUCUUGGGAUUCCCUAAUGAUCAUUGUUUUCAUUGAAAGGCUAUUUGUCUAAGGUACCUCCUAAGAUUACUUUCUUUAUAUGGACUGCAUCUUUGGGAGAAUUCUCACCUUUGACAAUUUAAAGAAACGUGGUCUUAUCAUUAUGGAUUGGUGCUUUUUGUGCAAGAAAGAUGGGGAAUCAUUGGAUCAUCUUUUGUUACAUUGUGAAGUGGCCUGGUGUUUGUGAAAUGAGAUUCUUAAUUGGAUCAAGUUGGCAUGGGGUUAUGCCUGUAAGAGUUAUGGGUAUUUUGAAGUGCUGGACAAGUAUUAGGGGAAAUGUCCACGUUGUUGUUGUGUGGAGAAUGAUCUCUCAUUGUAUUAUAUGGUGUUUGUGGAUGGAGAGAAACAAGAGGUGCUUUGAAGAUAGGGAAGAUUCUUUGGAUGAGCUGAAGAUAUUCUUUUACAGUACUUUAUUUUCUUGGGCUUUGGCCAUUAAUUGUGAUGAGGACAAUUUUCAUGAUUUGUCUCUCAUUAGUGCUUAGUGGUAAUUAGGCAUAUUUGAUGUAUACUCCAUGUGCACUUGGACAAUGUCUUUUUCUAUCAAUAAAAUUUUACUUCCCCUUA